AUGGCCCUUUUGGUAGUGACCGGUUUGCCUUGCUCUGGUCGCUCGACGCGCGUCAAGGAGAUUCAGUCGUACUUCGAGUCACGGUUAGAAUCGAAUCCAUCACUAUCACGCGUAUGCGUCAUUCAAGAUGCUGAUGUACAUGUAGAUCGACAUGUAUAUGAAUCUCAACGCACGGAGGGACGCGCGCGCGCCGCUUAUCUUAGCGCAGUUCGGCGUGCAUUGAGCCCGAGCGCCAUUGUGAUUGCGGAUGGCGGAGCGGGUUUGAAUAUUAAGGGAUCUCGCUACGAAUUGUGGUGUGCCACACGUGAACUGGGCCUCCGUUGUGCCACUCUUUACAUCGCAUGUCCUUCUACCUUAUGCCACGCAUGGAAUACCCGACGAAGGGAGCGAGGCGAGCCAUCUUACACUGACAUAUGUCUUGAUGAACUCAUAUACCGCUUUGAGGAGCCCACGCCUGAGGCUCGUUGGCAUCGACCCCUCUUUACCACUACGACCACAGGUGCUCCUGAUGCACCAGAAUGCCUUCCCACACCGCUGGAUGGGCUCUGGGAGGCCAUCACACAGGCCAAGGUCCAGCCGCCCAAGGCCGUUACCCUUGUCCGCAAAAAAACGACCAACAAUAGCCUCGAGCUUCUCGACACAGUGACGCAAGCCGUACUAGGUGCUAUUUCUGAAUAUCGUGCACAGGGAGGCGCUAUGUGUGGCAGUAUUUCCUUGUCGCUGCCACAAUUCAUCCCGCCCCCUCCUAUUGUGUUUACAUGUCCACCCUUGAACACGUUUCCCUCACCUGCUCGUCUUCAGACGCUACGCCGACAAUUUGUGCGCGUGUAUGCCGGAAAGGCGGAAUACGCGGACAGUUUGGCCCUCACAUCACAGCCCGAACCGGAGCGACACAUUGCACAAAUGUUUACUGCAUGGUUACAAGAAACUCUUACUUCUAACAAGAUACAUAGUUAA